UGCCCCAUGUUUCUCUACUUCUGGUUAUUCUGGACCAGCACUUAAUAGUGCUUAUACAACACCUCUUGGUUAUGCUCCUAUGCAACCUUAUCGGAGACAGCAAAUGAAUGCUCACAAAAUCAACUCUCCUCCCCUAUUAUCUAUAGCCGCUACAGACAAUCUUAAUGGCCCGCACAGUGCAUCUGGAGGAUCAUAUAAAAAGUUCGUUAAACCAAAUACCAGAUUCAACAUGAUGUCAAAAAAUCAUGAUUAUGAUUAUAAAAACAUUGUUGUGGAUCUCUUGGCGUUGGGUAUUAGAAAGGAUGGAAAAGAGCCCAAUUUGGUGCUGCGUCUGUUUGGCCUCUUUCGUGACUUGCACAUUGCCAUUGGCGAACAACCACCAAUAAUCGAACCCCCUACAUCAAAUGAAAGUGUUUAUGUGCCAACAUUUGCCCCAUUACCCAAAAUUGUUUUACCUUGCACCAUGAGUGUGCAGUGUCAGGUGAAAUAUGCCACAACCCAGGUAGCUACUUUUCUGUAUGCCAUGAAACGUUUGAUGGCUGUGAAUAUCGUUUACGAUCAUAAUUUGAAUGCCGAAUGUGAAUUAUAUAUCAUAAAGUUACGUCAAAUGUUGGCCCAGUUUGAAAUGUACAAAUUCGUCGAGUUGAAACACAAACGUGGACAGUUUAUCAAUGAGAGUGUAAGAGUGCAUGCUGAACAUUUGGAAAAAAUCAUGGAGCAAAUGAACCAUCAGAUACGAGAAGUAAAUCUACGUGUUAUUGCAGCCGAUUGGUUUAUAGCCAAGAAGUAUGGACGUAACAUGGGAGUUACUCCCAAGGCUGCAACUAAACCAGCUGAUCUGCCGUAUACGAUCGAUAAUGGGGUCAUUAAUGAAAUAUUACAACUCUGUGCUCCAACCGCCAAUGCCAAAGAAGCAGCUGACGGCUUGGAUAAUGCAGCAAACGGUGUGACCCAAAUAAACUCGGCUAAUGCAGAGUUGUCCAGAGCAGCUGCCGUAGACAACCAUGCUGCUACUACUGCUGUUGGUGCCACAUGUUUAACUAAAUUUAAUGGCCAUCCAGCUCAUAAUCGCCAACCGGUUUUUUAUAUUGGUUAAAGGCCAUCAAUCAAUCUGUGAUGAUUGCGUGAAAAAAUGCUUUAUUACACAAAUUUAUAUAUAUUAAUUUUUAAUUAUUUUCAAAAACAAA